AUGACAAAAGCUCUGGCUCAGGCAUGUCAGUCGUCGGUCGAGUGCAUCAAAGGAACAGCGAUAAAGGCACUAAGUGCGCCGGUUAUUAAGGGAUUUGCCUUGGUGAGGAAGAUCCCUGGGACAUUCACUUCUACUGCAGAAUACUUGAGCUCCUUUAUUGUUCCUCUUGUUGUGGAAACACAUGCAGACUUGCUUUCAGCCAUGACGAGGCUGUCUCGGGCGCCUUCGUAUCAGCUCUCUUCCAUUGAAAGGGACAUAAGCUACCGAGCCCCGAUCCAUUUUUCUUAUAAAAUUGUUUUGCGAAACUCUAACCGGACCGAUUUAGUAACAUACCGACCGCAGGGUGGAGACCUUGCAGCACUUACCGACUACGAAGAAGAUUGUGCCGUGUGCUUGUUGGAAAACAACUCGGAGUCGGGAACCAUUCCUUCAUUCGAAUCUUACGGUUUAAGUGAUUACCAAGAAGCUGCAAUUGCAAGUUGCAUUAAGACAUGGAGAUGCCGCCAUCAAAAUAGUGUCAAACUCAUAUGGGGUCCUCCAGGAACAGGGAAGACUAAAACAGUUGGCCUGUUGUUGCUGGCUCUUCUAGGAGAUGAGGGAUUGAGGGGAACCCUUUAUGACACCGGAAAAGAAUGCGAAUUCGUCGGUCGCUUCGCAGAGUUGAGAGCUGCAAUAAAAACUUGUCUCCCGAUGCUCAAAUCACUCGGUCACUCAUUUCGAGUUCCAGAACUUAUGCAAAGGUUCAUGAUCAAGAACCUGUGCUUGGACAAUGCAUGCAUACUUUUCUGCAGUGCAUCAGGCUCUUACAAAUUGAAUACCGAACAGACACGACCGCUCGAUCUUUUGGUUAUCGAUGAAGCUGCUCAGCGGAAAGAAUGCGAAUCAACCAUUCCCUUUCAACUUCCCGGUCUCCGCCAUGCCGUUCUCGUAGUAGAUGAACGGCAACUGCCUGCAAUGAUAAGAAGCAAGAUAUCAGGAGAGGCUGGAUAUGGAAGGAGCCGGUUUGAAAGGCUCGUGUUACUCGGACAAAAGAAACAUCUAUUCAAUGUCCAGUACAGAAUGCAUCCAUCUAUAAGCUCGUUUCCAAAUAUGGAAUUCUAUGAUGGGUUGGUUUUGGAUGCCACAAUAGUAAAACAUAGAAGGCAUGAGAAGCGUUUUCUGCAUGGGAACAUGUAUGGUGCCUACUCAUUCAUCAAUCUUGCCUAUGGAAAGGAGCAGUUUGGACAUCUGCAUAGUAAAAAGAAUAUGGUGGAAGUUGCAGUGGUUUGCAACAUAGUUGCUAGCCUCUUCAAAGGGUUCAAUGCAACAAAACAGAGAAUGAGCAUUGGUAUUUUAUCACCCUACACAGCUUAAGUACAUGCAAUUCAAGAGGGGCUUGAAAAGAACUACGGUGGAUACUCAGACAGGGGCUUCAUCGUCACCAUCCGUUCAGUCGACGGAUUCCAAGUAGGUGAAGAGGAUGUCAUAAUCAUCUCUACCGUCAGAUUCUACAUAAAUGGAUCAAUUGGUUUUCUAUCCAAUCCACAAAGGGAAAAUGUUGCCUUGACACGUGCAAGGCAUUGCCUAUGGAUAUUGGGGAACGAAGAAACAUUGGUUAAAAGCGAUUCCGUGUGGACGAAACUAGUUACCGAUGCGAAGAGAAGGGGUUGUUUCUUUAAUGCUGAUAAAGAUGAGCAUCUGGGUGAAGCAGUUGUUACAGCCUUGACUGAUCUUGAGCAAUUCGACACUCUAUUAACCCGGGAUUCUCCAUUGUUCAAGCAUGCAAGAUGGAGGGUUUGCUUCGGAGACGACUUUAACAAGUCCAUGGGGUACAUAAAAAACAAAGAGAUACAUAAGCAGAUGAUUAAGGUGUUGGAAAACCUUGCAAGUGGAUGGCGUGAUGAGAACAUGAAGAAGAAGAAGAAGAUGAAGAUUGAUGAAAAUUGUUUUGGGUUGAUGGAGGUGUAUCCUGUGAGUGGUGUGAUGAAUUUGGUUUGGAGUGUGGAAGUGGAGAUGGUGAAGGGGAAUACAGUGUGGAUCCAAGUUCUGAAGGUUUGGGAUAUCGUGGAUUCGUCGGACAUAGCCAUGGCUGCUCACAAGCUCCGCAUCCUUUUUGAAGAAUACACAGGAUAA